AGAGCCGGUUACGUCAUCCGCUGCCCUGGGAAGAUCAUAGAUGUCACAUGACCGGCAGUCACAUGACACAGAGGCAGAAUGUCAGGACCUAAUGGUGAACCGCAGGUUCCAAUGGGCGAGGUGUCCGGGGAGGAAGAUUAUGCAGCGUUGGACUUUAUGCUGGACCAAAUAAACUUUUGCCUGGAUCACCUGGAAGAGAAGAAUGAUAUUUUACACGCACAGCUUCAGGACCUUUUGGAAUCCAAUCGGCAAGCUCGGCGUGAUUUCCAGCAGCAGAUGAGCCAGAAUGGAAAUGGGAAUACUGCACAACAGGACGCUGAAAUGUAACCACCCAAUCAGACGGCUUCCUCCUUAAGACUGUGUUCUAUCAUUCCUGUGGCCCCCUUAAUAGCUGGAUGAAGAUUAAAGAAAAAAGAUAAUUGUAUGAAAACUACAACUAAAAUGGUGUCAGCUUCAAGUGAA